AUGUUUCAUUUUUUAGCGGACCUUAACGCGAUGCAUGCAGUUGAUGCAAGACUAUGUGUCCGGUUGUUGACGUUUAUGAUAUUCACUAACUGUGAACAAACGUUACCCACCUUUACAAUUGGUGGAUUUUUUAUCGUUUGGAGCAAUGUUGCCCCUUCCAAUCACUCUUUGCUCUCAUCUAAACUGCUGAACAUUUUGCCGCGGGAGACUGGACACUUUCUAACCAAUCCGAAUGAGCUCCCAUCUCUGCUACUAUAA